AUGAGUUGUUGCUUCCCAUUUCCCCAGGGAACAUGCUGAGAUGCAUGUUCCUGAGGCUAAAUCUUUUCACACAUCCACAGUCCUUUUAUUAUAAAUUCUAAGCUGCAAAUGCUGGGUCUAAUGUUAAAUAUAUUUUAAAGGCUUUUUUAUACAUAUCGUCAACUGUCCUUUGGGCAGGUUAAUUCCCAUUUGCAGCUCUGUCUGCAAUAUAAGGACGUGCUCCACUCACCCCCCACUAAGGUAUUAAAAUACAAACCCUACCAAUUUGGGGUCGCAGGUACCUUUUAAAAGGAAUUGCAUUAAAGAUCCCUUAAUUCCACCAUUCGCUAUCUACCAUGGAGAGACAGCCCUUUUGCACGAGGAGGCACAUAUGUAAUUCACUGCGGCACUGUUUGUAAUACUAAAAAGUAAAGAUGUUCCCUAAUUUUCGGAACGUCUGCAGUGUCAAGCGAAAGGCAUGACCGUGUGCGUUAACGCAGACCACGAUAAACGAAGGUCUUCACCUGGGGGCGCAGCUCCUUAUGCGGUUUCUGCUUCUCCAUCCCAUCCUUUUCCGACGGGCUCGGCUUUGCGCAGGGCCGGGAUUCUGCGGAAAGCAGUCGUUCUAGACAAAGGGCAGAGAGCCGGGUUCGUGUCCUGGCCAGGCCCUGAGUGGGCAACCAACGCCAGCCAAGAUGACGGCCUUCCCCAAACUCAGUGUCGGCAGCAGCCUUUCCACCGCCAGCCAGCCACCCAUCCUGGAGAGCUUUCCUCCAAGGCUUGCCGGGAAGCCGGACUCUUCGUGGUCAGGCCUCUGGGCGCCAGGACAUGUUUCCGGGGACCACUCUCAGCAGCGCACCAGCCGGAAGCGUCCUUGUUGUGGCGGAAGGAGAGGCUCUCUGGAAGCAGCCGGUGGUGAAAGGAGCGUGGCAGACAAAGAUGAUUCAGGCGAUUCUGGUUUUCAAUAACCACGGGAAGCCGCGGCUGGUCCGAUUCUACCAGCGUUUCCCAGAAGAAAUUCAGCAGCAGAUUGUUCGAGAGACCUUUCAUUUAGUUCUCAAACGGGAUGACAACAUCUGUAACUUCUUGGAGGGUGGAAGUUUGAUUGGUGGCUCUGACUACAAACUGAUUUAUCGGCAUUAUGCUACCCUCUACUUUGUAUUUUGUGUGGAUUCCUCAGAGAGUGAACUUGGGAUCUUGGACCUUAUCCAGGUUUUCGUGGAGACUCUGGACAAGUGUUUCGAAAAUGUUUGUGAAUUGGAUUUGAUCUUCCAUAUGGAUAAGGUACACUACAUCCUUCAGGAGGUGGUGAUGGGUGGGAUGGUCCUGGAAACAAACAUGAAUGAGAUCGUGGCUCAGAUUGAAGCCCAGAACAGGCUGGAGAAGUCCGAGGGUGGCCUUUCAGCUGCACCCGCCCGAGCGGUGUCCGCUGUGAAGAACAUCAACCUGCCAGAGAUGCCCCGGAACAUCAACAUCGGCGAUCUCAACAUCAAGGUCCCCAACCUGUCCCAGUUUGUCUGAGAAUGGAGGACAGCUGAACUGAGUCCUUGGAGCAGGCAGAGCCGAGCCAGCCCUGCAGCACAACCCGCUCUGCACCCUCAAGGAGUCCAGCCUCGGGCCCUGGCCCCUGCUGUCCUGGAACAGGAAAGAGUCCUGUGUCCACUGCCAGCCUGUGCUCCCUUCUCACACGUGUGGCCUUGCCCAUCUCUCGGACACACAGCCACUGCGGGUGUGAGGGACCCUGGCUUCCUCAGUGGGGGUCAGGUGCCCAAGUCACAUGCCCCCUUUCCCUCCCGUGUACAGCCACUCCAGGGGAUUGGGGACUGUAGUGAGAGCCCCCUCCCCACCCCCGAUCCCAGAACCCCACCACGAGGAUGUGUGCUGACUCGAGGCUUCAACCUUGAGUUGAACGCUCCCUGAGAUCCUGCAGCAUUGACUAUGAUGGUGAGGUGCCAUAGCUGGGAACGGAUUGACCCUCUAGAUCUGGGAACGUGGUGCAUUGCAAACAAGGACAGGAGUUUAAGGUGAUCCAGAGUGGCCUGCUGGCUCUCCUGGGGUUGGCACUUCCAGAAUCCUUUGGCACAGUCCAGCCUUGUUACCCUCACCUACAUUCUCCACAGCCACAGUCCCAGCUCUGCUUGCCCAGCUGUGUGUGUGUACAGGACACAGUCCAAAUUGUAAGCCUGUUUGCUUGCCUGCCUGCACAUUUCUGCCCAUAGGGAGGGUACUCCCCACAGCCAGAGCAAUCCCCGUCAAAGAGCUAGGGCCCCAUGUCUGUGGAAGGCAAAGCUGACAACACGUGGAACAUCUCAGAAUUGUGACUGUUCCAGGUUUAAAAUACACUCUCCUCCCGAGGAGCAGAUGGAUCAGUUGCCGUGUUCUGAAUGAUGGAUGUUCUCUGUACAGGAAACCCACUUCAGUCUACACCAGCUAGUGGAGCAUGAGCGCCUGGGCUGGGGCCCCCUGUUUUGGACCUAGGGACACAGGCAGCAUGCUGGCUGAGACCUGGGACAGUGCAGCAUCUUUUCCCCACGUUCACAGGGUCCCUCCCUGAGCUCGCUGUGGAAACCUGUAAAUGUUUUCCAUGUGGUGAGGGUCUUUGUUCCUGUGGUUAUCUUAGAGCUGGAGCUGCUCCUGGGAGCAGUGCCUCUUAGCCCCGCACUGCCUCUGGGCCAGGGCUCAGGUGCGUUGUUGAGCUGCCUGAGGUUAGGGAGCUUGCUGUACCACGCUGUUAAGUCUCCCAGCCUGGGGACUUCUUGUGCCUUCUGGCUGGUGGCCCAGACUGUUUCCUCAGGCCUCCUGAUGUCGCAAAGCCUGUCUGAGAUGUGCCCAACGAGACCAUGUGUCAGGUCACGUCUUCUCCUGCUUUGAACAGUGCUUCCUGUGGUGGGUGUCCUUUAUUCCCUGUAGCCUCUUAACUUCAGUCUUUCGGAACCUCUCCGAUAACCUCAGAGAUGGGCAGUGUUGCUCAAAAGGUAGAUGCUCUUAUGUGGGAAGAGAGAAAUGUAGGUAAAUAUAUCUAUCCAAGGUCAAA